AGAGCAGUCAACGGGUAUGGGUCGCGGUCUAUUUCGUUGAAGCAAUAUUGUUGCACUAGUAAAGUUGAGCGCGGACGAUUAAGAGCUACUGCAAAUCGCCGCCGUCUUCAAAAAACAGCAGUAUAAUUUUAGAUUUUUUUUUUAGCACACAGUUAUAAAACGUACAGAAGUAAGCAACGCGAAAAUUUUCUUUGGCAGAACAUUCAAAAAUACAAUUGGUAUUUUACUCAACUCUGAACCAAUUUCAAGAAACAAAAUUUGAAGAAAAAAACACACUCAACAAAUCGUCGAUCAUAAUUCAAUGUUACAAACACAUAUUUUCAAGAUAAAAAGAUCGAGAGAAUAAUCGAAGAAGUUUCAAAGCGUGAACACACCAAACAUAUUUUAGUGACAUUUUCAAAUGAAUUCAAUUCAGUGCAAAACAGUCUUGUGAAUGAUAUGCAAACACGAAACGUAAUAUUUUUAAUACUUAAAAGUUCAAAUGGAAUAGUUCAAUUUCUUUUUUUUUGUUCCUAAGUUUAAAUUAACAUUUUAUGCGAUACUUGAUUUGGAUUUCGGUUUGAAUCAGUCAGUUUUUUUUAGUUUACAAUUUUGUAUACAAUAAGUAGACUGAGGCUAAUAUAAUGCUUUAAGUCCAUACGUAACCAAGUUGUUCUUAUACAUAUCUUUUUUCAAUUCGCGAACACUUUUUACGUGAAACCAACCGAAAAAAAGGCGGAAAAAAUAUAUAAUAGUUUCUGCAUCGGAGGUGCGAUUGAAUUGAAAAAAGGAAUCGUUUGUCGUAGGAAUUAUACAAACAUUUGUGAUUCGGUGGACAAAAACGAAAGAAAAAUAAGAAAAAAAGAGAAUACUUUACCAAUAUCAGUGCUGUCUUAAUCCAUUUUUAUCAAUUAUACCGUUCGCAGAUGUAAUUGCAUUUGUGUAUUGGUUCGUUUGUUCGGUGUGCGAAUGUUAAUACAAAACUUUCUUCGUUCAAAAAUAUGUGCAUAUAACUGAAAAGUGUAAGAGACAUAGUGAUCUGGCAGGCAAGAGGAAACGGGGAAAACAAAUUCGCUGAAUACCAAACUGAAACAGUUACCGCAUACCGGGUGAUGAUUGAAUGUGGAGUAAAAUAAUGCAUGAACGACGCGCAACAUUAGUUGGAAUUUGAAAUGAGACCAAAAAAGCGGGCAGUGGAUAAUAAAGGAAAAAUAAAAAACAAGAGAAAGGAAAUUGGAAGUCAUUAAGGGUCGAGAACUGCAUACAAGUCCAAUCCGUCCUAUCACAAACUACAACCGCCAAAUGCCAUCCGAAAUCAAAGAAAACAUAAUAUUACGUUCGGGAUCAACGAAUGGGGAAAUAGUAUUAUCGCUAAAUCACAGAUAAAACGAGGAACAAUACCAACAACAACAACAACAGCAAAAAGCAAAAAGCAAACAAACAAAAAAUUGUGCCGAAGCUUUUUUGGUUGUAUUUUGAAAUUAAUGACUGCAGCAAAGUGAAACUAGUACAAACGGAAACCAUUCAUAUAGAGACUGUUGUGAAAAGUUAUUCUUUUUUUCGGUAUUCAAAACUUUAAUUCAGUUGUACAGAACUCAUAUAGUCAAAAAAGGCACACAACUAUUCGCGCCACCACUGAAACUACAUAUUAGUCAGCGCUUAUGUAUCGCUAUAAAAACGAUAAAACAGUGGAGUGAAACACAACCCACACACACACACACACACACUCACACAACAGACAAGUGAACACCGCACCGUGAAAUAAGACAAAUCGUCAGAUCGUCGAAAUUAAUACAUUUAGGCUCAAGCUGAAAGCAAUAUAACGUUAGAAAUGGCUGAAGGAAACGGAGAAAUAAUUGAAGAAAUGGCAACAUCUAAUAAGACCGAUGGCAACGGUGAACCCGAGCGGACAGCAGAUUAUCCAAAACUAGUUGAAUAUGGACUAGACAAACGAGUGGCAGCCAAAUUAGACGAUAUAUAUAAAACUGGAAAAUUAGCCCAUGUAGAAUUAGACGAACGUGCUUUGGAUGCGCUUCGCGAAUUUCCUGUUGAUGGUGCCUUAAACGUAUUGAGCCAAUUUCUCGAAUCGAACUUGGAACAUGUAUCAAAUAAAUCGGCAUAUUUAUGUGGUGUUAUGAAAACAUAUCGACAGAAAAGUCGAGCCAGUCAACAGGGUAUUCCUACACCAACCACGACAGUAAACACAAAAGGACCAGACGAAGAGAAAAUUAAAAAAAUCCUAGAACGAACUGGCUACACACUCGACGUUACAACAGGUCAAAGAAAAUAUGGCGGCCCACCACCAAAUUGGGACGGACCAACGCCUGGCAAUGGUUGUGAGGUUUUCUGUGGAAAGAUACCAAAAGACAUGUUCGAGGACGAGUUGAUUCCGUUAUUCGAAAAAUGUGGUACAAUAUGGGAUCUGCGCUUGAUGAUGGACCCAAUGACUGGAACUAAUCGUGGAUAUGCAUUUGUUACAUUUACUAAUCGAGAAGCUGCACAAAACGCUGUAAAGGAGCUCGAUAACCAUGAAAUUAAACCCGGCAAAAGUUUGAAAAUUAACAUAAGCGUACCGAAUCUACGCCUUUUCGUAGGAAAUAUACCCAAAUCAAAAGGCAAAGAGGAGAUAUUAGACGAAUUUGGUAAACUAACAGCCGGUCUUGUUGAGGUGAUCAUUUACAGUUCACCCGACGAUAAAAAGAAAAACCGAGGAUUUUGUUUCUUGGAAUACGAAUCACAUAAGGCAGCAUCGUUGGCCAAACGAAGACUCGGAACUGGACGAAUUAAGCAGGUCUGGGGUUGUGAUAUUAUUGUCGAUUGGGCCGAUCCUCAAGAAGAACCGGAUGAAUCAACAAUGAGCAAAGUAAAAGUAUUAUACGUACGCAAUUUGACACAAGACAUAAGCGAAGAAAAGCUGAAAGAAAGCUUUGAACAAUAUGGCAAGGUGGAACGCGUUAAGAAAAUUAAAGAUUAUGCAUUCGUGCAUUUCGAGGACAGAGACAAUGCCGUCUUAGCGAUGCGUGGUCUUGAUGGCAAAGAGCUAGGAUGUUCGAAUAUCGAAGUUUCACUGGCAAAGCCACCAUCCGAUAAAAAGAAAAAGGAAGAGGUAUUGCGAGCGCGCGAACGACGCAUGUUACUUAUGAUGCAAGGACGCACUGGCGUCGUGGGGUUAGUUGAAACAAGCUUGUCACCUACUCAUCCCGGCAUGAUACCACCACCUGGUUUACCGCCAAUGCGAGGCGUAGGUGUAGCGCCGGCUGGAGCACGAGUGCCAUUGCGGGGACCAAUGACACGAGGUGAUUAUGAUUAUGAUUACGAUCUUUAUGGUUAUACUGAUUAUCGGGGCGGAUACAAUGAUUCUUAUUAUGAUGAUUAUUUUCGUUCAUACGAUGGAGAACAGUUUUUCGAUUAUACGGUGAAUAGUGGUACAGGGCCACAAAACACAAAUCAAAGAAACAACAGAAACAUAUCGGGAGUUGGUCAUUGUCGUGGAAUCAUAGUGCCUUCCCGAGCCGUUGGGCUCCGUGGCAUCAAUCUGGAGGAAUUACCUCAACGUCUCAACGUGGUAGCUCCAAUAACCGCGGCUUACCGUGGAAUACAAGCACAUCUCAACGUUCGUGGCACUCAGCGAGGCAAGCCACUGCCAAAUACAACAGUAGUCGGUAAACGUAAAUUUGAUGGCGGUCACCAAAAUCCAGGGGAUCCAAAGCGACGUUACGCAAGUGGCUUAAUUUUAGGAAAUGGUGGAAAUAAUUGGGGAAGUCAACCGUUGCCUCAACAACCAUUGGGUGCGAAUGGCGAACAAUGGUACACGGACACAUAUGCAGCUUGGAGUUAAAAGGAAAAUAAUAACUUUUUUUUUUUAACAAAAACAAUUCAUAAAAUAAUGAUGUAAAAUCACAAUAACACGUUUCGAAACUUGUUUGAGGAGAAGACAAAAAAACACAUUUUUGAAGAAAAAAGAACAAAACAAAUAAUAAACAACAUACAUACACACACAUACACAUCUUUGUUUGUGUAGCUGUACGAAGAAAACUAAGCAUACAAAAUCUAGACAAAAAAAAAACGAAAAGAAGAAAAAAAAGUUGAAAUUUAUGAAAUUAAAACCGAUGGACUGCGGAAAAUUCGCCUAAUUUCGUAUUUUUGGUAGUUUAUUUGUUUUGACAGAAAUAGCGUCUAUGUGAUUUUUCGUGUCUCACUUUAAUAAUUACACAUAAUCCUUUUUCUCUAUUUCUUCUUCUUAUUUUUACUUUUAAUAAUUUUAAAAUUACACACACAUGAUAGUUUUUAAAAGUUUUCAAUAGAUCCAUAGGUGAUAAAAGAAGAAAAAAAAACACAUACAAACUCUCUUCACAAUACAAAUACAUCAACAACAACAACGAUAACGUUAGCAACAACAAAAACAGAAACAAACACAUAAUAUCCACCAUUUCCAUUUUGUUUAUGUUAUUUGAUUUUUCUAUCUCAAAUACGUUUACUUCUUUCUUUUUUUAAUUACAUAGUUAAAUAGAAUCACACAGCAAAAAAUUUGAAUCAGCGAAAACAAUAGAAACUGAUUGAUGAAAAAAAAAAAAAAUUAUUUGCGAAAAAAACAAACCAGAUCAGAUUACAGUUUUGGGAUUCAUAAUUAAUAUUUCAAUUUUUAUGUUUUUCUUUUAUUUUAUUUUUAUGCAUGUACUUUUCUUUUUCUCUUUUUUAACACACUCUUUUCUUUUCUCCUUAAAAAUAAUUUAGACUUUAAUGUUAACUUCUAUUUAUAUUGGCAAAAAAAUACAUGAAAAAAGCCCAAUCGAUUAAGCAACAAAAAAAAAUUCGUUUUGACAUUUAAAAAAAAAAUAAUCAAGCAUACAAUCGAAAUGAAAAGCUGAUUUGUCCUGAAAUACGUACACAUAUGAUAAAUUCAUAAACGAAAAAGUAGAAAAAAAAAACACAAAAUAAUGAACUGCAACUGAAAAGCAUACAAAUCCAACUAAGAAGAAAUCCAAAAAAAAAAGAAACAAAACAGAAAAAACACACACACAUAAUAGAGGAAGCUAUCGGCAUCAAUUGCCAUUUGAAUCAUUUGUAUGAUAAAUCACUGAGUUCAUCUCAUUUUUUUUCUUUCCAUCAGUGGACUGAUUUAGUUUAAUAUAGUCGUUUUUCUUUGAAUUUUCUUGCUAGCUUUUCCAAAGAAUCGGAAAAUCCAAUACUUUUUUUUUUCUUUGACAUUCUAAUCACAACAGCCACGAAAUGUUACACAAACACACACUGUUUAUUUCGACCAUAAUUAAGUGAAUGCGCGUAUGUUAUGUGCCCUUCAGUUCCCAGAUUUGAUGCACAAUUUUCAUUUCAUCUCUUUUGCUCCAUUUGUUGGGCAAUAUUCCAACAUACUUCCACCCUCCCCUCUUCCCCAAAACAAAAACACAUGUACACAUAAAAUACACAUUGCUCGUUAAUGAGAGUUCAACACGAGCCUGUACUACGUUGAGCUCUGCAGCCAUAUCUACUGUUGGCCGUAACAUAGCCCAAUUUUUUUUUUCAUCUCAUGUGUUGUUUUCUUUAUAUUAUUUCUAUUUUCUUUUACGAAAAAUCCUCAAAAAAAUGUUUGUUAUUAUGUUACGUUCGUGUUUGAAUCCAAUGAUUUUAUUGUUUCUUUAUAGAAAGAAAAAAAUGAUAUUGAAUAAGGACAAUAUAUGUUUUUAUGCAAAUGAAAUGAAGAAAAAAACACUACUGAUGUAAUCAAUAAAUUAUUUAGAAAUAGAAAGUGCGUUCGAAACCCCGAUAGAAAGGCAAAACAGAAAUUAUAAAAACGACACGAAUCAAUCGACGAAAGAAAGGUUCAAUCCUCGGAGUCCAUUUUUAGACAUUUUGGAAUUUUUUUCCAAAAAAAAAACAGAAUUCGGUAGUUGUAUCAAAAACUAUAUACAUAGGAGUUUACAAGAUAAAAAAACUAAUAAAAUAAACAAAAAAAAUACACGUUCUGAAAAAAAAAUAAACAGCAAAUUGUGAAAGAGCAUCCGCAUCGAAACUUUGAUUCGCUAAUAAUCUGUGCGAUCCGAAUGCAUCGCCCAAUAUUUUUUUCUCUAUCAUUGGCGCUCAGUGUUCAGUGUUCAUUAAGUCUUAGUGAAUAAACAAAAGAAAAACAAGUGAAUAUUUCUAUACAUAUUACAUAAUAAUAUUCGAAUUUAUAUCAUUCUUAAUUUCUAAGAUUUGUAUCGUUUUUUUUUGUCGCAAAUAAAAGAUAAUAAAAAAAAUGACAAAAAAUUUAAAGCAGAUAAACACAUAUUUUUCUAGGAUUUCUUUAGAUUGUAUUUAAAAUUUAUUCGAGGCGAACUACUAUUCUAUUAAAAAACAUACAGAAUUUAGGAAGUAAUCAGAAAACAUUUUUCAAAAUAAAAACAUAAAAAUUUGAGAGAAAAAAAUGCGAUAGAAAAGAGAAAGGACUCGAAAUCGCAUACAUAUACAAAAUAUCGCUAAGAUCCUGAACACUUGAUUCAUUCUCGAAAAACAGUAUGACAUGCAUUUCUGAGUCCUUUAAGCGUAGACACUCGUAUAAUCGAUACAUCCAACAGGAAAGAACUAAUAAGAAUAUAGAUAUAAACAAACAAUAAUAUUACGGUAACGAUUUCUAGAGAGAGAGAGGGCGAAAAAAGAGGAAUGGAUUAGUUUGAAAAUUAAGCACACAUUUAGACUCACUACACCCAUCCCACACUCAAACAACUACAACAGCAACAUAACAACAACAAAAAAUUACAACAUUUACCGUCAAUUUAAUCAGUUUUUCAAGUAAAUCGUUUUAUUUAUUUUUUUCUUUUCAUUUUGUUGUCGAAAAAAAUCACUCCAAUUUGCUGUAUACGGAGCCAUAUUUCACAUAUAUGGCCUCCUCUUCAUCUCACUUGCUACAUACAUAUGUUUUGUUCAAUCUUAUUUCCGAAAUGGAAAAGUAAAAAAAAACAAAUUUAUAAAAUAUAACGAGAAAAAUUUGUUAGUCUUACGAACAGCUAGAUGAAAAUGUCAUGUAAGCAAUAUUGUAAACUCGGAAUAAGAGGAAGGAAAGGAGAAAAGAAGCAAAACUAAAACGAAAAUAUUACGGUAGCGUCGCUUUCAAUGAUCCACAAUGGUGUCAAACCAACAGAUAUAUUAGUAGAACAACAACACCAACAACAACAGAACAAACGAAUUGUAUUGAUGCAUGCGCCACAAACCCUGUGCUCAUGCUUAAAUUUUAGUUUGUUUAGUUAGAAUUAACUAUGACUAGAGAGAGAAAGAGACAUACGAACCCUAGCAUCAAGAGAUAAAAACCAAGUUUAGUUCUAAAUGCGAAAAAUUAAAUUGAUAAUAAUAAUUAAUGAAACAAAACAAAAACAUUUUUCUAAAAGCGAUUUCAAAAUGAUCACGAGUCACGAAAACGAAUAAAAAAUCCCAAAAUAAUGUGUACACAACUUCGUAUUUGAGGAAGCCUACUAAAAAGAAGAACAAACACAAGAAAGUAAAUUCAAACAACUGAUUUAAUUUGGAAUGAAUUCACGAGCUAUUAAAAUUUCAUUUAUUUUUUUUUUUUUUUGAAAAAACGACUCGAAAGUUGAUAAACGAAUCGUACAAUUUUUCGAUUGAUUAUUUGAAAAUAAGGAAUCAAGAGAGAGAGAGAAUGAUUAUGCACAUUGCACAUAUCUCAGUUGAGCGGCUUACGAUAUUUGUAUGAGCGUAGGAUGACUAUAAAUAUAAACAAAAACAAAAAUCGAUGCGGAAUAAAAAAACGAAAUGAAAAUUAAACAAAGAAUUACAAAAAAAGUAAAUUAACAAGUAAUACUGCGGAUAUUAUUAAAUUAAAGUUGCUUCACAAAAUGAAAAAUUUUAUGCGCAUAAAACUUCAGCCAUUAUAAUUUCUUUUUUUUUGUCAACUUCUCGAUACAAUGCGAUGAUUCUUAUUCAUUGAGAAAAUCGCUGACGAAUUUCGAAAUAGAUAUGUUCGUGCAAAAGCUUAUGUUUUUUUAACAAACAAAAAAUGUUUAAUGUGAGCAAUAAAACGUUUAAAAAUAAUUCAAGGAGAUGUUUUAAUUCUAAGAAAUAAUAAAAUCAAACCGGUUUCUAAAACACAUUUUAUUUUUUUUUUCUACUCCUUUUUGAGUUUUCUAUGUAACCUAUAGGCAGAAGAGUUUUUAUUUGCGAGAGAGAGAGAGAGAGAGAAUAAAAUAAAACCAUGAGAUAAACACAGACAGAAUGAAUAAUUCGAUAUACACUAUCUGGCGACGAUGAACAGAAUAACUAGAAUUGAAGAUGAAUAAAAUAAUUAAAAAAAUAACGAAAUAUUUCUGACUUAAAGUUGAGAAAACUGUGUGAAUUUUUUUUUUUUUUUUUUGAAAAUGAUUUUCUUGGUGCUGCUUUGCUAAAGCAACUCGGCCUCAUUUGGACGCAUACCCCCAAAAAAAAAACCAUCAUAUUAUAUCUAUUUGAUUGUUUCUUUUGUUUGAAUUAACAAAUAAAGGCAAACUUUUUACUAAGCCCAGACCGAAAUUUGAACACGAAACGGUGAAACAAACAAAUUGCUAACCAAAUGGAAUGAGAAAAAAAAGAACGAAUACAACAAUUUCUUACAACACACAAUCAGACCGACAUUCAUCCAUUCAACAUACAACAAAAAAAAAACAUACUAAAUAAAUGACAUACAGCGAAUAUGAUCUGGAUGACGAUCACAGUACAGGUCAAGGUUCGAUAACAGCCAUCCGCAUAAAUAUUAUUGAACAAAAACCGAAAUAAAAGAUGAAACUAAAAAUCCCCCGACAACACAAUCAAAUGGUAUCCACACGAAUCACAUACACACACAAACAUACACGCAAAUCCCCCGUUCCAUCAAACAUAUUGGUUUUAUGGUGCCCAUAAAAAGCUGCCUUAUAAAAGCAAGUGGGAGAAAAGACUGAAAAAAAAAAACAAAAUAUUAAAUGAAAAGUAACAUUAAUGAAAUUAACUAUUAUGAAAGUCAACGUAAGAGUAAUUAUCUAACAUUAUUUACAUUUAUCUAUAUAUACAAUGUAUAAAAACAUUCGUACAUUUGGACCGGCCAUCGAACGCAGAAGGGGAAAAUUCGCCGAGAACAAUUCACCACUUCCGCAAUUUGGUCCGUUGUGAUUGGAAAAUGUUGAUUCUUUUUUCUUCUUUUCGUUUCGAAAACACUGCUAUCUCCAAAUUCCCAAAUGCUUCGUUCAUAUGUUGAAAAUAACCAAUUUCUUUCAAUUUGUCAAUAUUCUUAUUUUCUGUGCGCGAAUUUUCACAUUUUGCGUUUGACGAUAUUUUUUGUUUUUCAAAUGCCUACAUUUAUUGAGGAAAAAAGAAACACACACAAGUCCGAGUAUCUAACGGAUGGCCCAAUUCGCAAAGUAAACAUGGGACGAUAUUUACCUACAAUGUUCGCGCAUAUACUUGCGAUAAAAAAAAAUAAGAAAAUACGAUGCAGUAACGGAGAAAUUAAUUUAGGCUUAGAUGUUCGUUUGUAAUUUUCAACACCUAGUGUAGCGGAUGAUUAAUCAGUAAAUAAGUUACAAUGUUAUAACAGAGGGAACGAACAAAAUGAGUCUUGACUCCUGAAAUUGCGGCAUUUUAAUACAAAAUGUUCCGUUGCGCUCCCAUAUGUUUCCCUGUCAGACUGCUCCCAUUUUUAAGAUCAAUCUAUGCUUUUAUGUACAUAUAUCAGAACGAACCAUGUGAAGUUCAUUCAAUUUAUUGGAAUCUAUUCAGGACUCGCCCCGUUUUAAUCGCGAAAUAUGAUUGUCGCUGCGAAAUUGACGACGAGACGUGAGAAAAACACUCUGUUUUCUCGGUAACACACACACACAGAGAGAGAUAGAGUAAAAUAAAAUGAGAUACGAUCCUUGCCAAGGCCUAUGUUCAUAAGACUAAUUGUAUUUUGAGGAUUUUAUAUAUAUUUAAUUUAAUGUUCGCAUAGUUUAGAACGAAACAAGGCGCUUUCCCCCUCCUCAGAACACUUUCUUUGCUUCUUUGCGAGCACAACUUUCCUUUUAACUUCUAAGCAUCUUCAAUAAUAAUUGUUACUGUCAACAAUAUUCUGGUUGAGAUUUUUUAUAUAAAUAUUUAUGACAUAGAUCCUUUGAUGGAGUAUCUGCUUAAGUUUAUAGUUUCUUUUUUAGAACAACAUACACACAGAGACAUACAAAUCAUUUGUUUUAUGUUCAUUUCUUUUUUCUCAAAUAAUUUGUUCCGAUGUGAAUGAUUCGCUAGAACUGGAUAAUGCAAAAUAGGAGUCGGUUACAAAUUUACAUUUUCUGAUUGCAUACGGAAUUAUUAGUUUUUCUUGAUAAGAAGCAUAGCAACUUUUUAAAAGUCAAUGAAAUUUUUAAAAGAAAAACAUAAAUUGUAAGUUUUGUAUAUUUCUAAUUUUUGCGCGACAAAAGAAUCAGAGUUUAGCUCUGUGAUUCUUAUCAGAAAACGAUAAUUUGUAUGGAAUGAGGGAAAUGCUUGGAUGAAAUUCCAUUGGCAUUUAAAUGAAACAUUGUCUAAAGUGUGGUUCAAUGCAGUUAUCCUUUAAAUGUGCAACAUUGAUCAAUUAAAAUGGCGAGUGGUACACAGUUGUCAUAUAUCGCAUGUGCUGUGUGACUUGACUACGGAUACAAUUCAAAUUGGAUUGAAUAUGUAAAAAAUAAAGAAGAAAAAUUGCGGAAAAAAAAAGAUAAAAUCAUGCUGCUGUUGUCCAUUUAAAUGUUUCAUCAAGGAUUUUGUUUAUGCUUAAAUUGGUCGGCCGGCGACGUUAGGGAAAAUUGGCAAUUGAAAAUAGGAUGCAUCGCGAAUCGGAGUUUUUUUUUUUAACGUAUUAAGAUUGAACUGUCCAAAUGUCCAAGUACAUGCUCACGUUAUUUGUUGGUUAGUUUAUUUUUUUUUCAUUCUAAUACUAUUUGUCACAUCGUGUACAUAAAACUACUAAAUAGUGUAAUUUUGAAUUUUAAGCGAACCCAAUACAUUUAACAACAAAUUACUGAAGAAAUGAGAAACAAGGAACUGAAAUUGUUCGAACGUAAAUUAGGAAAGAUUUGCUAUAUCACAUCUUGCCGAAGAGAAUUUGAAUUGAGUGGGUAUUUUUCGAGGAAAUUGAAAAAAAAUACCACGGUUUGUAUUUACAUAUAUUGCGUACGAAGCAGUGAAAUUUAUACGUGCGAACCACAACAUUCGGAUUAUCAUCGGAAAAAUAUCUACACAAUGCAAUUUCUAACGGUAGAAUUUUGUUAGAGGUGUGUAAAUUAGCGAAAACCAAGGACCGGGAUUAAAACAACUCUUUUUAUACAAUGGAAACGAACAAGAAAAACACAUACACGGUAUAUAAGAUUCAAGUUGACAUAUUUUAAACGCUAUCAGACGAAGAGACACUAAAUAACGACCGUAACAAUAAUGAUUAAUGAUACUGAAUUAUUUGUCAUGUAGAAGUUAAAUACAUUUCAUACACACACACACGGAGAGAAAAAACGAAGAAGGAGAACAGUAUAGGAUUUAAAAACCUAAAUAAAAUAGAAAUUAGAUUAGGAAUGAACUAGCAUUUAAGUAACAUUUAGUAGAUGCGUAGUAAUUUGUUGUGUGGAAUAAGUAAGCGGAAGGGGUUAAUUUAAAAGAAGACGAAAAAACACAGAAGAAAUAACAUAACUUUGUUGUUUAAAACUUAAAAAAAAAGAAGAUGAAGCAUUUGCAAAUAAUGUGAUGAAUUGAUUUAGCCAACACAUAAUUCACACAAUUUCAUUAACGAAUCCGAAUGAUGUCGACGAAUAGCGCAAAUGCGAAACACAUCAACCUUGUUUUUGUUGUGUUGAUUUUGAACAAAAUUUCGAAUAAUAAUUCAAAUCAAGAGAGAUAAAAACAAACGAUAUCACAUCAGUCUGUCAAACAAACACACAAUUUUUUUAUUGUAUUUGUUUGGUAGAUUUGGGCAAUGAAUGUAUGCGCAUCGAUGAAUUCAUUUUGUAUGAAACCGACGGUCGAUUUUUGUUUUUCUUCACAACCUAACCACCCCCCCCUGUUUUGUAUGGCUCAAUUAUCGAAACGGGAGAAAAUUCCGGAAGGAAAAAAAGAUGGUGACAAUGAUAAAAACGAAAAUGAUGAUGAUGAUGAAUGAAUAAAGUUCACGAUGAAAAAUUCGUAUGUAUAAAAUAAAACACGUUGACUGACGAAUGCAAACAACGUAACUUGGAACGUUUAUCUUUUUUUUUUUAUAUAAAUUUCAAUGGAUUUCUUAUGAAAUUUUUCAUAAAAACUAAAACAUUAGAUCGCUUAAAUUGUAAGAAGAAUAUUAGUGACACACAAAAAAAAAACCACCACACAUCCUAAUCGAAACUUGAAAUUUAAGAGAAGAAAAAUACAAACGAAAA